CCACGUCGCAGUUCGCGUGCGACAACGCUCGGUGAUAGUCUCAUCAGGUCCGACGUUCUACUAUCUUUCCGAAUACGAUCCACAACGUAGUAUUCACCAUAGUCAGUUGCUUAAAUCUUCAUAUUUUCAAAAAGUUUUGGAAGAAACAUUUCUGCUUCCUAUAUUUCCUCAUUCACAGUAGUGUUCAUCAUUGGGUUCUUCUUCAAGAGUCAAGAUAUACUCUCUUUACUUGUGCUCUUAAUUUUUCACCAUUAUCACCACAACGUUGUUAUCGUCUCCAAUGACUGCAAAAACUAAGAAAGCCACAGAACCCAGACGUGCAAAUAAACCCUUGAUGGAGAAGAGACGGAGAGCUCGAAUUAACCAGUCCCUUUUGGCACUCAAAACAUUGAUCCUGGAUUCUGCAAAAUCUGAAAAUACUAAACAUUCCAAACUUGAGAAGGCAGACAUCCUCGAGUUGACCGUCCGUCAUUUUCAAAGACAUCGCAGUCUGGAUACUGCUGGGGUCCGUCAGUAUCGUGCAGGUUACUCAGAUUGCGUCAAAGAGGUACAGAGAUAUUUGGAAACACCUGAUGCUCAAACCAUGACUGUGAUGGAUGCUGGAGUUCGACAGAGACUCGUUCAUCAUCUAGAAAAUUGUGUUUCUGAAGUUGAUUUGGACUUGAGACAGCCUCCCAGUGUAGAAGAACGGUUACAACCACCGGAUUCCAGUACAGUAGAAGAAAUAAACAACAACAGGAACUCUGAUGGAAGUUCACCAAGGAUCAUCGUGAAACCUCCAUCUCAACAGAUGGAAAUCCAACAAACCGGUGACGUAUUUGCGCCCUAUCCUACAACUACCACCAAUACUGUGGGCUCCCAAAGGCUACCAACAUCUAGUAUAGUCUGCAAUAUUGAUCCAAAAGUCGCUGCAUCUACAGCUACUGAUUGCUUCGUAAUAAAUGACGUAUUGGCAGUUCCUGAUUGCAAAGAUUUGUCCACAAAGGUGCUGAAAACGAAUGAUGGUAAUUUUGUUUUUGUUUUACCAUCGCAUUAUUUACAGUUGGCCAACGCAUUGGGCAUAAACCUGAAAGAUUACCGAAGCGAAUCACAGGAUGGACUGUCGAGUGUUUCGGUGAAGUGUGAACCGGAAAAGCCGCUAGAUUUCAGCAAAAACAACGAAAAUGACAGCAUGUGGAGACCUUGGUAAAAAAAAAGGUUCCGACAAACACUUCUUCGCCACAGUUAUCUGAUAUGAAUUUUUAUGGUUGUGUGUCUAGUCAGCCGUGCAAUCUAGAUUACAAUUUAUUUUUAUCAUAGUUUAAAGUAGAAUACCCUAGCCAAUGAUGUGCUAAUAAUGUUCCUUUGAAUAGAAUACGUGUAACAUUGUAAAUAUUUUUAUU